AUGGUCGGCCACAACGACCCGAAAACUGGAUGGUGGAUGGGACCCCCCGGAAAUUAUGUUCUUCCUACUCCGAUUCGAAUUGCCGUAUAUUCACUGGCCCCAAACCGACAGAGGCCCUUUGCGGGUGCAUUCAAUGCUGCCAUCUAUAAUACCUUUCGGCGAUGCAAGCAUCAAGUGCUCUACGUUGUUCCUCCCUUUUUAGUCGCCUAUGCGGCGAUGGGUUGGGCAAAUGAAAGGGGAGGCUUGAGCGGGCUGCGCGAGGGUCUUGAAAUCGUCCCCCCAGCCGACUUCCAAAAAGCCCACAAAGCCCACCUCGCCGCCGAAAAAUCCGUAACCCACGCCCUCCAAAACCUAUCCAGCACCCGGCGCUCCCUCCCAGUGACCCAAAUUCCCAAUCCCGAGCGCUUCAAAUUCGACACCCCCACCGGCGAAAAAACCCUCCCCGACCUCUUCGGCCCCCACAAACAACUAAUCAUGUACCAUUUCAUGCUGGGACCGGAGGACGAAAAGGGGUGCGUGGGAUGUUCAUUUUGCAUGGACCAUAUCCCCAACCUGUGGCACUUGGAGAGUCGGGAUACGACGUUUGUGGCGGUUGCUGAGGCCGGGAUUGACAAGAUUGAGGAGUAUAAGAAGCGGAUGGGGUGGGGGUUUCCGUUUUAUAGUUCUGCAAAGACGGUGCGGGCUUGGGGGGUUGCCGAGGGGGAGGGGGAAGUUAUUACGUGGAAGCCGGGCAAUGGGUAUUUUGGGUUGUGUGUGUUUUUGAAGGGGACGGGUGGGGAGGUGUUUCAUACUUAUUCUACGACGGAUCGGGGGAUGGAGAUUCUUUUGGGCACGUAUCAUUUGUUGGAUAUGACGCCUUUGGGGAGGCAGGAGGUCGGCAAUGGGAUGAAUGAUUUUCGGAGGAUUUAUGAGUACUAG